UGCCCGCGCCCCGCCGCCCCGCCCGCCCCCGCGGCGCGCGACGUGGACGUCUCUGGGGCGGCCGCGCCGUCGCUCAACCGGAAGCGGAAGUCGAAGCCUCCGCGCCAAGAUGGCGCCGCCCGCGCCGCUGCUGGCAGUGAGAGGAUCCGAAGGGCUUUAUAUGGUGAACGGGCCACCCAGUUUCGCAGAGAGCACCGCCUUUCCAAGGGACGCUGGAAAAAACUGCAAAGCUGUUGCUUUUAGCAAGGACGGUUCCCUCUUUGCCUGGUGCAAUGGAGAAAAAGUAAACGUCGUUAAUGUCACCAGUGCUGAGCUGCUGCGUUCCUUUGAUCUCCCAAAGACAGUUUGCCUUGAGUUCUCGCCAAAGAACACGGUCCUGGCCACAUGGCAGCCCUACACAACUGCUAAAGACGGCACCGCGGGGGUGCCCAACCUGCAGCUUCAUGAUGUGAAAACUGGAAAAUGUCUGAAAUCUUUCAUCCAGAAGAAGAUGCAGAACUGGUGUCCUUGCUGGGCAGAUGACGAGAGCGUUUGUGCCAGGAACGUGAACAACGAAGUGCACUUCUUCGAAAACAACAGCUUCAAUACUAUUGCAAACAAACUGCAUUUGCAAAAGGUGAAUGAUUUUGUGUUAUCUCCAGGAGCGCAGCCAACGAAGGUUGCUGUGUAUGUUCCGGGCAGCAAAGGGGCGCCGUCCUUCGUCAGGCUGUACCAGUACCCCAACUUCGGCGGCCCCCAGUCCGCACUGGCCAACAAGAGUUUCUUCAAAGCGGACAAGGUGACAAUGCUCUGGAACAAGAAAGCCACUGCUGUGCUGGUGAUAGCGAGUACGGACGUCGAUAAAACAGGCGCCUCGUACUACGGAGAGCAGACCCUGCACUACAUCGCCACCAACGGAGAGAGCGCCGUCGUACAAUUGCCAAAAAAUGGCCCUAUUUAUGAUGUUGUGUGGAACCCCAAUUCUGUCGAGUUCUGUGCUGUGUAUGGUUUUAUGCCUGCCAAAGCGACCGUUUUUAAUCUGAAAUGUGACCCUGUGUUUGAUUUUGGAACCGGUCCUCGCAACGCUGCCUACUACAGCCCCCAGGGCCACGUCCUGGUGCUGGCGGGAUUCGGGAACCUCAGGGGACAGAUGGAAGUGUGGGACGUCAAAAGCUACAAACUCAUUUCCAAGCCGGUGGCCUCGGACUCCACGUACUUCGCGUGGUGCCCCGACGGGGAGCACAUCGUGACGGCCACGUGUGCGCCGCGGCUGCGCGUCAGCAACGGCUACAAGGUCUGGCACUACACGGGCCCCGUGCUGCACAGCCACGCGGUGCCGCCCGGCGAGGAGCUGUGGCACGUGUGCUGGCAGCCCUGCCCCGACGGCGCCUUCCCGGCGCAGGCCGUGAAGUACCAGGCGGUGCCCGGCGAGCUGCCCAGCGCCGAGCCCAGGCCCGCCCAGGCCUACAGACCUCCGGCCCUGAGGAACAGACCCGCCGCCAGCUCCAAGCUCCAUGAGGAUGAGCCGCCGCAGAACAUGAAGCAGCUGGGAAGCAGCGAUAAGCCACUCUCCAAAACGGCUCUCAAGAAUCAAAGGAAACAUGAAGCGAAGAAAGCUGCUAAGCAGGAGGCCAAAGCCGAUGCGAACCAGGAACCAGCGCCGUCGGUGCCGCAGGACGCGCCGCGCAAUGCCGCGCCGGCCGUCACCUCGGGAGACCCCGAGGUUGACAAGAAGAUCAAGAAUUUAAGAAAGAAACUAAAGGCAAUUGAGCAACUGAAAGAACAAGCAGCUGCUGGCAAACAGCUGGAGAAAAACCAGUUGGAGAAGAUUCAGAAGGAAACUGCUCUUCUUCAGGAGCUGGAGGACCUGGAGCUGGGUCUUUAAAACGUCGUGGAAAUCCAGUGCGGUGUCAACACAAAGCUCCUGGAAGAUACUAAUUUGUACUAACUUGAACACAAUAAAAUGAGGAUGCGAAACUCCA